AUGCGGGGGGCAAAUAUUGUCCUACGCUGGCUGCUGCUUAUAUGCCAGGUCACUGGCAUAUGGGCGAGUCACGCCCACGAUGCUCAUGGCCAUCUCCAUCGGCACUUCAAUCGUGAGAAGUCUACCUCGGUUUCAAUCACAACAUCAGGCUCUCUUGCCACUGCCUCCAGCACGUCCAAAUUUGGAUCCUCCGAUGCCGCAAUCAAGGUCGCCGAAGCCCUCAAAGGCUUGGCCGUUGUUAACAAGUUAAGAGUCGAUAAUGUCAAGUUCAACAAAUAUGCCAUGGCAGAUGCAAAGGAUGUGACUGGAGUGAGAAUAAAUGCACCUCCGUUGGAUUAUUCGGCGGAGACUGUAUCUCGACUAAACUCUCUGCAAAAUACCUCUGAGUCUGAAUCCAAAGAAAAGCGCGAAGAGAAUGGCGCCGCCAAGAGCUUUGCCUAUACAAUUUCAAAAGAUCUCGCAGAUGCAGCGAGAAUCCUGGCAGAGUCUGUACCACCCACCCCGUCCACCGGCGAGGAGGCAGAACUGGCGGCCAAGAUGCACGCAGAAUAUAGGUCCAAAUCGAACGAUACGAACCGCCCUCCACAGCGGCUUCGUCGUCCCGAUGGAUUGUUUGAAUACGUCUCGGAUGAACAGACCGUGCUUGGAUCCAGUCUACAGUCUGAAGAUCAUACUCUUACAAAGAGAGCCGCCACUGGGUCUGAUUAUUGGUUGGCCAACCUCCAACAAAAUGGGGCUAGUCCAUUCGCUCCAGCAGGAUAUAAGGUCUGGAGGAAUGUGAAGGACUAUGGAGCCAAGGGCGACGGUGUGACCGACGACACCGCGGCAAUCAACAAGGCCAUCUCUGAAGGUGGUCGUUGUGGGGCUAACUGCGGUUCCAGCACGAUCUUUCCGGCCGUAGUAUUCUUUCCUCCUGGGUCAUACCUUGUGAGCAGUCCGAUCAUCCAGUAUUACAACACGCAAUUUCUAGGAGACCCUAUCGAUUACCCCACAAUCUUGGCUGCUGCAAGCUUUGUUGGACUGGGAGUUAUCACCUCUGACGUCUAUGUCGGCGACCAAGAGCAAUGGUACUUGAACACCAACAACUUCCUUCGCAAUGUGCGCAAUUUCAAAAUGGACAUCACCCGUACAGAUCCCAAUGCAUAUGUUUGUGCCAUUCAUUGGCAAGUUGCUCAAGGAACCACCCUUGAGAACAUUGAGUUCUAUAUGUCCCAAGCGAGUGGAAACACACAGCAGGGUAUUUACAUGGAAAAUGGAAGCGGCGGCUUCAUGAGCAACCUGACUUUCGUCGGUGGAAACUUCGGUGCCUAUCUGGGCAACCAGCAGUUUACCACUAGCCAACUUGUUUUCGUGAAUUGCAAAACUGCACUUCAGAUCCACUGGGACUGGGCGUGGACAAUGCAAGACGUGGUCAUCGAAUCAUGCCAAAAUGGAAUUGUUGUGACCGGCGGCGCUGGAGGUGUAGCCAGUAUCGGCCAAUCGGUUGGCUCCUUUAUCUUGGUGGAUGCCAUCAUCGCCAACACACCAACGGGUAUCCUGACAUCGCUGUAUUCAGAUAACUCCACGGCAGUCUUGCUUCAAAAUGUGGGAUUUUUCAACGUCAAAGAUGCAAUCAUGGCCGAUACCCGGACUGAGCCCCUCCUAGCUGGAGGGGACGAAAUCCUUGUUUCUUCGUGGGGGUUCGGUUCCUACCACGAUGAUACCGGAUUACAUUUCGCCCAACAAGAGCAGUUGCAAACUUUGGACCGCAAGGACGUGCUUACUGGUAGCCAGGCAUAUGCCAACGGAGCUUCCAACUUCUUCGCCCGUCGCCGUCCUCAGUACCUUGAUAUCGGCGGCGGCCAGGUUUUCGACGUCAAGGCCUACGGUGCCAAGGGUGACGGCACUACAGAUGACACAGCUGCUCUCAAUAGUGUUCUCUCUGCCGCUGCCAACAUGUCUUCGAUUGUCUACUUCCCCUAUGGUGUCUAUGUGAUUAAGGAUACUCUCCAUGUCCCUCUUGGCUCUCGCAUUAUUGGACAGGUUUGGCCGCAGAUUAUGGCGACUGGUACCAAAUUUGCAGAUGCCGAGAAUCCCCACGUCGCCGUGCAAGUGGGAAAAGAAGGGGAUAUUGGUAUUCUUGAAAUCCAAAAUAUGAUGUUUACGACAUCUGGGCCCACAGCUGGUGCUGUACUGAUGGAGUGGAAUGUUCACGAGUCGACACAGGGCUCUGCGGGUCUCUGGGAUUCCCACUUCCGCGUCGGUGGUGCUAUCGGCUCUGAGCUCCAGUCUGAUAAAUGCCCCAAGGGGGCAUCAUCUAUCAACAAGGAGUGUAUCGCCGGAUCACUGCUUCUUCGUGUCACCAAGUCGGCUUCGGCUUAUAUCGAGAACCUUUGGGCUUGGGUUGCGGAUCACGACCUUGAUAAAGUUACACAGGAUCAAGUGGAUAUUUAUGUGGCUCGCGGCAUUCUCAUUGAGAGCCAGGGACCUACAUGGAUGUACGGUACGGCCUCAGAGCACAGUGUUUUCUACCAGUAUCAACUCUCAGGAGCCAAGAAUCUGGUUAUGGGAAUGAUACAGACUGAGUCCCCCUACUUUCAACCCACUCCUCCGAUGCCAGAGCCCUUCAAGUUGGGAAUGUUCCCCAACGAUCCGGAAAGCGGCGAGUGCAAAACUUGUACAAGCUCAUGGGCAGUCAGAAUUAUUGACUCGGAAUCAAUCUAUAUGCUUGGUGCAGGAAUCUACAGUUGGUUCAACUCCUACUCUCAAAAAUGCUUAGAAACAAACGACUGCCAAGAAAAAGCAUUUUAUAUCGAGCAGAGCAGCGAUAUCUGGAUCUUCAAUCUUGUAACCAAGGCAAUCGUCCAAUCCAUCAGCCCACUUGGGGAGACUGGGAUUUGGGCCAAAGAUACGAGAAAUGGAUACAUGUCGUCUUUACUUGGAUGGUUCCGCAAAGCAAAAGACAUUAUCGGUCAGCGCGAUUUCCCGGGCUUCUAUCUUUACGACGCCGAAUAUCAAGCAACAUUCUUGUCAACUUUGUCCUCUGCUUGCCAAACAGCUCUUACUCGGCUUGUCAACUGCGAAGAUGGGGUUUACGAGUUCCAAGAGCCUAGAUGGAGAAGGGGAUUGGAUAACGACACCCUGAGUGAUCUGAUCUGCAGUCCAAGCUGCGGAACUUCUAUAGAGACUUGGUUCCACCAGGUCUCAACCAACUGCGCUGCGGAUGAAAAUGACUUUCCCUUGAACGCGAAAGGUGGGAACAUUUGGGCAGGAUGGAAUGAGACUUGUGCUAAGGAUCCCACGACUGGUAAAUACUGUGGUGAUGUUAUAAGUACCUUCAGCACAGACUUCAACAACAUGCCUACAGCCGAGCUCUGCUCAUCUUGCCAUGUUGACCGUUAUCGAAAGAUGCAGUCAACGCCCUACUCUGAAUAUGAUAUCAACUUCCAAUCCCAACUGGAGACCAUCAAUUCAAAGUGCGGAACCAACAUCCCCACGAGUAUUCAUGACUCUUUGUACCCAGUCGUCGAUCCAUAUGGGCCUCCAGAGUCGUGCGCAUCAGGAAUCAGAUACACAACCGUGGCCGGCGAUACCUGCGACAAAAUUGCCACCGCCUACAGCGUUUCAUCAGCCGCUCUGUUCAUUGGGCACGACAACCUGUUCGAGUGCAAGAAUAUCGCCGUCGGGACCGAGCUAUGUAUGCCAUUCCAAUGUGAGAGCGUCUACACAAUUAAAGACGACGAUACAUGCAUGUCAAUUGAGAAAUCCCAAGGCGUCGGAGACAAAGAUGGAUUUUCCUUGAGGAAAUGGAACCCCUGGAUCAAUUACGAUUGCUCGAACCUUCAGAUGGUCAGUGAAAUUGCGUACGGACAUGUUAUCUGCCUCUCACCGCAGUCCGGUGAGUCCAACACCACUGCCCCAGUUCAGGACCCGACAACACCUGGUUACUCUGAUGGUGGCUAUGUCCUUCCGCAACGCCCGCCUCCUGCAAAUGCGACCGUCGCUGAAGGUACAACACCCUUUUGUGGCAGGUGGCAUGUGGUAAAGAGCGCUGAUCCCCAGGAAACCUGCACGACGAUAUGUGUUCAGAACAAGAUCCCUUGGAGCUUAUUCUUGGAGGUGAACCCUUCCUUGAGUGAAGAUAACUGUGGAGAGAAGCUGGUCAUUGGGAAUGCCUACUGUGCCGGGCCAAUUUAUAGCUGGAACGAAGACUUUGAAGGGAGUGAUUUUGACUGA